CCCCCUGGGGUUGGUGUGCAGCAUGAUUGUGGAGUGGGUAGCUGAGCCUAGCCAGUUGCAGUUCAGGUGAGUAUGCAGGUCAUGGUCACUCUGGGUUUUUUUUUUUUUUUAAAGGGGUCAUCUAGUCAUAAGAGAAAAUCCUUCGGGCUGUGACCGAAGCAACAAAGGCAAAAACACCGACGUUGGUUAUGAAGGGUGUGGUCUCCCUGGUGGAGUACGUGGGUGCGUUGGGAUGGGGAGUGGCUGGACAGACCGGUCUCACUCCAUUUGGUGCCACUCCAGCCGCCCGGGUUUCCGCGCCCUGCCGCGCUGCUCCGACGCCGCUUCCGGCGGGGAUGGGAGCGCGCAACGCGGAAGCGGGCGGCAGACCGGCCGCCGGGGCGAGGCGGGGGAGGGGCCGUGAGUGCCGCAGUCGGGCAGCCAUGGAGCCAAGCUUGCUGGCGGCGAGGCCGCGGCGACAAGGUAGCCACCCCCGCAGCAUGCCUCGACCGCGGUCCGCAGCUGCACCGCCUCUCCCCAACCCCCAAGGUGCGCUGGUCCCGGUCGCGCGCUCCGUCCUCCGCAUCCCAGGCGUGGUCCAUUAAGUCCCUGGCCGUGACCCACGCCCGGGGAGCUAGUCUCCGCCCUUCGCUCUUACGGAUCCCCUCGGAGUACGCCGCACCAUGCAGCUCAGGCUCUUCCGGCGCCUGCUUCUCGCCGCUCUGCUGCUGGUUAUCCUCUGGACCCUCUUCGGGCCUUCGGGGUUGGGGGAGGAGCUGCUGAGCCUCUCACUAGCCUCCCUGCUCCCAGCCCCCGCCUCACCGGGGCCGCCCCUGGCCCUGCCCCGCCUCUUGAUCCCCAACCAGGAAGCUUGCAGUGGUCCCGGGGCCCCUCCCUUCCUGCUCAUCCUGGUGUGCACGGCUCCGGAGAACCUGAACCAGAGAAACGCCAUUCGGGCCUCGUGGGGCGGGCUGCGCGAGGCCCGGGGGCUCAGGGUGCAGACGCUAUUCCUGCUGGGAGAGCCAAACACACAGCACCCCGUGUGGGGCUCCCAGGGCAAUGACCUGGCCUCGGAGUCAGCAGCCCAGGGGGAUAUCUUGCAGGCCGCCUUCCAGGACUCCUACCGCAACCUCACCCUAAAGACCCUCAGCGGGCUGAACUGGGCUGAGAAACACUGCCCUAUGGCCCGAUACGUCCUCAAGACGGACGAUGAUGUGUAUGUCAACGUCCCCGAACUGGUAUCAGAGCUGGUCUUGCGAGGGGGCCGUUGGGAGCAAUGGGAGAGAAGCACGGAACCCCAGAGAGAAGCUGAGCAGGAAGGAGGCCAGGUUUUGCACAGCGAGGAAGUGCCUCUUCUGUACCUGGGCCGGGUGCACUGGCGCGUGAACCCCUCUCGGACACCAGGGGGCAGGCACCGCGUAUCAGAGGAGCAGUGGCCUCACACCUGGGGCCCCUUUCCACCCUAUGCCUCAGGCACGGGGUAUGUGCUGUCAGCGUCUGCUGUGCAGCUCAUUCUCAAGGUGGCCAGCCGGGCACCCCCUCUCCCAUUAGAGGAUGUCUUUGUAGGGGUAAGUGCCCGACGAGGAGGCCUCGCCCCAACACAGUGUGUCAAGCUGGCUGGUGCCACCCACUACCCGCUAGACCGGUGCUGCUAUGGAAAAUUCCUGCUGACGUCCCACAGGCUGGACCCCUGGAAGAUGCAGGAAGCCUGGAAGCUGGUGGGUGGCUCUGACGGGGAAAGGACUGCGCCCUUUUGCUCCUGGUUCCAGGGAGUCCUGGGCAUCCUGCGGUGUCGAGCAAUAGCCUGGCUUCAGAGCUGAGAGUACCUGGGGCCACAGGAAAGGCAGGAACAGGACCUUCUCUCUCCCAGGCCCAACGCAGGGGCCCUCACUGGCUGCAGCUGAUCUGUUUCCUUAUACCAGAUCCUCAGUUUCACUAAAGACAGGGAUGUGGGAGACACCGAGGGGCCUGGCCCGCCAGCCCGAAGAUGGUCAUCAGGAAGAGAAAAAGCAAAAAAUGCUGCAGUUGUUCUCUCAAGCUAGGGCAGAAGAGGGGUGUCAAGCUCCUCAAUAAACUUGUCUUCACUUC